AUGGCUAAGAAGAGUGGGAAUGAGAUGGAGAAAGGGAUUUACAGCCCUACCAAAGACUACAACCAUGGCAGUUCUCAUGUUCAUUCUAACUUUUCUAGCAAUAUCAGCAAUACUAGUACUAGCACUGUUCCUGCUCCUCUGUUUAACAGAAAUGAACUGAGGCAGAGAUCAUUGUACAGGGCAAUCAUGGCAGAAUUCUUGUCCACCUUAGUCUUUGUUUUAAUAACAAUUGGUACCCUGAUUGAGCAUGCCCAUGGUCAGGCUCCCUGUGGGGGCACUCCCAACUCCAGUAGCAGCUUGGGAAUGUUUGGAUUGGCAAGGUCUUUUGGAGGAAUGAUAUUCAUCCUAGUGUAUUGCACUUUUGGAUUCUCAGGAGCUCACAUAAACCCAGCAGUUACCUUAGGCCUCUUUCUGGCCAGAAAACUAUCCUUAGCCAGGGCAGUAAUGUAUGUUGUAGCCCAGUGUGCUGGUGCAGUUUGUGGUGCUGGCCUUGUGAAGGGCUUGUUCAGAGCAUAUUACAUAGGAUCAACUGCUGAUUAUAACAUUGCAAUAGCCUAUGGGGAAUUUAAGUAUGCUGAUUUCAUCAUUGCAUUUGUGUUGAUUUACACACUCUUCUCUGCAACUGAGCCCCAGCAAAACUAUUUUCCAGUGAUGGGACCUCUUCCAGUUGGAUUGGGUGUUUUGAUAAUAUAUUUGGCAGUAAGCAAUGCAAUGGCAGAAGAUGGGGAUGAUAAGGGCAGGAUCAGCCCAGCCAGGAUUGAUGCUUAUGUUGUUAGAUUUUGGAUACAGUGGCUCUUGUGGGUGGGUCCCCUGCUUGGAGCAGCUGCUGCAGCUGCUUACCAUCAAUACUCACUAAGAUUGGGAUCAGCUUCUAAAGGCAAAUCCAUGGAAGACCUCAAAAUGCCUUCGAUGAAACGAUCCCCAUGA